UGAAAAUGUUAGAUCUUCUGGGGAAUUCCUCGAGAGUUUGCUACUCAAAUUUCUCUUACACUUCGAAUUGCUUGGAAAACGAAACCCAAUACUUCUUUCCACUGGUAAGCCUGCAUCUCUCUCUCUCUCUGUGGUUAAAUCUUGCUGGAAGCCCAUUUAGGUUACUUUCUAUGGAAACCUCUUUUAAAAACCUCAGUUUGACUCCAAUAUGUGUAUGUCCCUUCAUUUCACUUCCUCUUCUCUUCAGUUGGUUUGUUUUUUCCCCAUGCAUGAGUAGAGGGUGUUAUGUUGGCUAAAUUGUGAGCGAUUCUAUCUGGAAUUCAACUCUCCUGGAUGUAUACAAAUUAAAUGUUACUGUAGAAUUUUUUAUGCCGAUUGUGUACUGUGAGAAUCUUGCUGAUCCAAUCGCGUGAAGCAUACUGUAAAGAAUCUUGCUGAUCCAAUCAAGUGAAGCAUUUGGGCUCACAGCCAGUUAGUUAAUUCGAUUAUUUUAUAGAUCUUUGAUUUUGUGAAUGACAACAGAAACUCACAAUUGAAGCCAUGAUUAGAGUUGUUCUGCUGGAGAGAAUUCAUGUUUCCUCAAGCCCAUAUUCUUAAAUGUAUAAACUUGGAUUUGUUAAGUCAAUGAUUUCUGCUUGAAUCGAAUCGGCAAUCGAGGUUUCAAUCGGAAGUUGACGACGCACAAGGCAUUGAUAGAGGAGAACAAGAAGCAGUACGAGUAGCAGUUACUGCUUUUACAUUUCAGAUGCUAAAUGUGACUGGUGGAUUUCUGUUUUUUAUCGAAUUUAGAUCAUAACCCUUGGCGACAUGACUAAUCUUUGUUAGAGAUGAUAUCAAUAAGGAAUUUUAUGUUAUUAUUGUAAUCAGUUUAACUUGAAUGUGACGGUACAGGUGUUUUAGCUCUGUUCAAUUUUGUUGAAUCAUUUUAAUGAGAGAACCCUUGCUGUCAUCAUUACUGGAGCCCACAGCUCAGAAAAACAAGAAAGGUCUGAAUAGAAGAAGAUAUCGGCAGUGUAAAAGUGCUCCUCUCGCAGGGUCUGUUCCUCCAAAGAAAGAUGUGAUCAGCUCGAUUCCAAACUCCGACUCCAAUGUUGGCAAAGUGCACCCAAGUUUUAAGAAAGUAGCUUUAUUCUUCGCUGUGUAUCUCGGUUUAGGAGCAGUAUGCUUCUAUCUUGUCAGGAACCAGAUUGAGGGGAAGAAGACGGAUGGGAUUCUGGAUGCCGUUUACUUCUGUAUUGUGACAAUGACCACUGUUGGAUAUGGAGACUUGGUGCCAAACAGCGCCCUUACAAAACUACUUGCUUGUGCUUUUGUUUUCACGGGAAUGGCUCUGAUUGGACUAGUCCUGAGUAAAGCAGCAGAUUAUUUGUUAGAGAAGCAGGAAAUAUUACUUGUUAAUGCUUUGCGUAAAAAAGUUGGUCCCUCGGAUAUUCUGAAGGAGGCUGAGACCAACCGAGUGAAAUACAAAUGUUUAACUGUCUUUGUCCUUCUUAUGGUGCUCAUAGUAGCUGGGACAACCUUCCUAGCUACUGUUGAGAAAUUAGAAGUAGUUGAUGCAUUUUAUUGUGUCUGUGCUACCAUCACAACCCUUGGCUAUGGAGAUAAGAGCUUCUCUACUAAAGCGGGGCGUGCUUUUGCUGUCGUUUGGAUAUUGACAAGUACUAUUUCCUUGGCUCAGUUUUUUCUAUACAUGGCUGAGUUAAACACCGAAAGAAGACAUAGGGCACUUGUCAAGUCGGUUCUUACUCGAAAGGUGACAAAUGUAGAUCUUGAAGCAGCUGAUCUUGAUAAUGAUGGGGUUGUUGAUGCUCCUGAGUUCGUCCUAUAUAAGCUGAAAGAGAUGGGAAAGAUAACUGAAGAAGACAUUUCACUUGUAAUGGAAGAGUUCGAAGAUCUGGAUGUUGAUCAGUCUGGAGCUCUGUCGGCGUCUGAUAUAAUGCUUGCUCAAUCAUCUAAACCAGAGAGGUGACCUUACCAUGGGAACCUGGUAAUUGGAUUGUAUACACGUGUAGACUGUAAAGAAAUAUGAAAUACUGUGUAAAAUAAACUUUUCAUCAUCGAUACAUCUGGUUCAUGGCUUUUGACAUGAUGAUUUAUAUUGGUAACCCAA